AUGCAGGAGGGCAGUAAAAAGUGGCAGGGCAGACUAGAUAGUACGCAAGUGGCUAGUACACCCCGUCGGACUCGUUCCAAAUCAUCGUGCCACUUGGCCCUGCUCUCCACGGCCAAUGACGACGCUUGGAUCAGCAGAUCUCUGCACGCCUUGCAGCGCCUCCUUCCCAAAAGUAGUGUGGCGAGAUUGUCAGGCAUCUUACACCCUGUCGAAUCAGGAACCGACGCUGUUCAGGUGCGUGCUGCUUUGAUCCGAAUUCGGACAUUUCUCUGCGUCAACGGAGGGCCGGUCUUCCCGGAGUGCUCUACAGAUGCAGUCAAGGAGUUGCUUGGGUCACAAUGUGCCCGGGCGUUGAACCAUUUCCCCAGACAUUAUGAUCAACAGAUGAAACAGGAGGAGACAUCAACCACGAGUACUCCGGAGUACAUAGUCUGUAGGCGAGGUGGCACCUUGGGCAACCCCGUUGUUACUACUCUGGAGUACAGAGUACUAUUUGCAAUAUGGAAUGAGCCUGGAAAGGCUGGAAUGCAGAAAUGGAGUCGAUUCCGUCUGAAGAUCUCCGUGGACCCUGAUUGGUCCGGAGGCCCGGUUACCAAAACAUCGCCUCAUGCACAAUCCUUCUUCAAAUCCUCUGGCGUCUGUAUGGGGCACACAUGGCCCCCAUGA